UUACUAUAUUUCUUAAUAGCCCAGCCUCAUACCACCCUUCUAUAAAUACCGCCACUUCUCUAAUAAUCCUUUCCUACCAAAACAUUAACUUUCAUCACGAACAGCAUCAACUUCACAUUUCUUGGCAUUCAGCCCUUUUUUAAAACAGUUUUAAGGAUGUAUCAAACGCAGUCAUCAUGGGGGUCAUAUAUGCCUGCUGCUGCACCGCCAAGAAACAUGGACGGUGACUCGCUGGAAAGAAUAGAGAGGCUAGCAUCAGAGAAUGCAGUGGUGAUAUUUAGCAUAAGUACAUGCUGCAUGUGCCAUGCUAUAAAGAGGUUAUUUUGUGGAAUGGGAGUCAACCCGACUGUGCAUGAGCUUGACGAAGACCCCAGAGGGAAAGAAAUGGAAAAGGCUCUCAUGAGGCUUCUCGGUACUUCUUCUCCUGUUCCUGUUGUUUUUAUUGGCGGUAAACUUGUUGGUGCUAUGGAUAGAGUUAUGGCUUCUCAUAUUAAUGGCUCUCUUGUUCCUCUUCUCAAAGAGGCCGGUGCUCUUUGGCUCUGAUAUAUCGUCACUCUACCUAUUAUAUAUUACUCCUGUUUCUUUCAUCUUGAAAUGAUAGAGGCAAAAACUUCUUCAAAAAAAAGGAAAGAAGAAAGACUUUAUAUAGCAAAAGAAAGCUGCAGAGGAAGAGGAGUGGGCGUUUUUGUGAGUCUACGGAGAUCUCCUCCAUUUUGAAUACAAUUACUAAUGACUGAUGUUUUAAUCUUUUUCUGUUUCUUGUUGGGUUUUUUUUCUUUUAUUUUCUUCUGGGACCUAUUUUUCCAAAUAUGGGUCUUUUGGUUUGCAUUGUGUAAUUGCUCCCUCCUCUGUAUAGAAAGAAAGAAGAAAAAAUAUCUACGUAUUUAAAACU